UCAGAGUGAAUUAAAUGCGUGUUUAUGUUAUUAGACUGUAUUGAAUGUCAUGUGUUGGAAGUGUUUCAUUUAAAUGUCCCUCGUUAGCUAGCGUCGUUGUUAUUUAGUUAGUUAUUUAGUUAGUUAUUUAGUCUGCCCCUGGACCUUGCCAAGUCAUUCAUUAUCAGAGUAGCUAGCUCAUGGUAGCUGUUUCUAGCAGGUUCCCUCCCACCCAUUCAGUUACGUUUGUCAGAAGUUCCCACCGUAGAGAAAAGGCUCGUUUAUUUGACCAAAUGAAAACAUGUUUACCAGACACAGGUCUUUGCAGCAUUUUCAUUGACAGCUUCUGGCUAGAAAAGUUAGCUAACUACCACUGGAAAGGUGUGCUGCAGGCAGGUAGAUGACAUGCAGGGUGAGCCAUGGACCAGAUCACCUUCCAUUAUGACACGGUGCUGUCUGACGUUCACCUGUUGCUGCCCAACUCUCGCCACCUCAUGGCACGCCUUAACCGUGUAGGACAACCAGUUUUCAUCUCCCGGUUCAGAAUCCUGUGGGACGGAACGAAGCAGCGCACCUGUGACCUCGGUUCCCCCUGCGGAGGGGAAGAGUUCGACCGCGACACCCAGGAGGAGCGUGGAAGGGGAGAUGCUAGGGGGAGUGAGACUGGGGCUGACGGAGGAGUGGACAGGGAUGAGGACGGAGGGGCUGACGGAGGAGUGGACAGGGAUGAGGACCCAGGAGCUGACGGAGGAGUGAACAGGGAUGAGGACGGAGGGGUAGACAGGGAUGAGGACGGAGCGGUAGAACCACCCCUGGAUGAAGAUGGAGAUUUAGAGGUACCACGCAGGCCCAGACAAAGACUCCCUGAGAGGGACAGAGACAUGGUCUACCCCAUCAUCCUCAGCCAGGCAAGAAGAGAUGAAGAGGAGGAGGAUGAGGAGGAGGAGUGUCCUAGAGACGUCAUCAGGAUAGAACACACUAUGGCCACGCCUUUAGAAGAUGUUGGCAAACAGGUCUGGCGUGGCGCCUUCCUAUUGGCUGAUUUAAUCCUGUCUCAGCCAACUACAUUCAGAGGAGCCACCGUCUUGGAGUUGGGGGCAGGGACUGGGCUGACCAGCGUAGUCAUGGCAACGGUGGCCAAAACGGUGUACUGCACAGACGUUGGGGAGGACCUACUGAGCAUGUGCCAGAAGAAUGUGACGUUGAACAGACACCUGAUGGAACCGGCAGGUGGGAAGGUGCGAGUACGUCUACUGGACUGGCUCAGACACGAUCUCUGCACAGACGCUGAUGCAGAGUUCGGAUGGACAGAGGAUGAAGUGGCAGAUCUCCAUGACAACACAACAAUUAUCAUCGCCGCUGACGGUAAGACAGUUGUGAUCGGGUGUUUAACCUGUAGGAUCAGGUGUUUAACCGGUAGGAUCAGGUGUUAACCGGUAGGAUCAGGU